AUGCGCGCCGCGCCACCGCCCGCGUCGCUCCUGCCACUGCUGCUGCUGCUCGCGCUCCUGGCCGCGCCCGCCGCCCGCGCCCACCGAGCCGAGUCCGCCCUGGCGCCGCAGCCCGAGCCCGAGCCCGAGCCCGAGCCCGAGCGCCGAGCGCAGCCGUCGCCCGGCCCGGGGCCCGGGAACGCCACGCGGACGGGGUCUGCGGCGCCCGCGGGCGGCGGCGGCGGCAGCUCCAACAGCAGCGGCUACGCCCUGGUGACCCGCAUCUCCAGCCUGCUCCGCGACCUGCCCACCCUGAAGGCGGCCGUGAUAGUGGCGUGCGCCUUCACAGCGCUGCUCAUCGCCUGCUUGCUGCUGCGCGUCUUCAGGUCGGGAAAGAGGUUGAGGAAGACCCGCAAGUAUGACAUCAUCACUACUCCAGCUGAACGCGUGGAAAUGGCCCCGCUGAAUGAGGAGGAUGACGAGGAUGAGGACUCCACAGUAUUUGACAUCAAAUACAGGUAAAAUCUAUUUCCAGCAUGUUGGCAUCCUGUGGAACGUUGGUCAGCUGCAGCCUGGGGUGUGAAGGAUCUGGAAGCUGUCUCGUCUGAGGUGUUGAAACCAAAACAAACAUUGUUGAUGAAACUCUGACACCCUUGCGUGUGUCAAACGACAGCUCCAAAUGUUACUGCAGGAGAGUCGCCUCUACCACCCUCUGGAUGCCCCUUUAAAAUGUCACCCUUUUCUCCUCAAGAGGGCUUUUGCCUUGCUAAGGGGCAGGGGUAGAAACAUUUUGACUUAAAAAAAAUAACUUUAAGGUAACUGUUGACAAAAGGAAAGAGUAAAGUUCAGAAGUUAACAGGAACCUAAAAAAUGCAAAAGCCUAAAGGAUAUUCAACUUAUAAUCUCUGACAUUCUGCUCUCCUGGAUCUAUGACAUUCUAGACGUCUGACCUUUUGGUGGUCUUUUGGGCUUGGUCAAAUUCUGGUCUGCUUUUGGUGACGGCUGUGCGAAAGUUCAAAGUGGAAAUGUUGAGAGCUGGCAGCCCUAACAGA